AUGAAUGAUAUAGAUUCAUCAAUUAGUCCAUUACUUAAUCAAGUUCCUAUUGAAAAUUCACAAUAUUAUAAACAACAACUGCUGGUGCAUGAUCAACACCAACAUCAACAUCAAAAAAGCCAACUACAUCAUCUAGAUCUGGAUUUACAACAAGGUAUUCACCAUACGCAACCGCAGUAUAGUGUAAGAGGAAAUUCACAGCAGCAGGAACUGCCAAAUCUACAUCAACAAGAAUUCGUACAACAAGCACAACAAGAACAACAAUCGCCACAUCUGCAACAGCAACAACAACAACAGGAGCAAACGCCACAGUCACAUUCUCUGCAGAGCCACCACCAACAGUCGAUACCCCAAGUGCAUUCACAUAGACAAUUUAGACAAUCGCCGCUUCAUCCGUCGUCAAAGCUAUAUUCACAACCACCGCCACAAGUAUUCAAUUCUGAGUGGAUCGAAUCAGCGCAAAACUCACCCGAAAAUAUUUCCAAACUCCUCGAAGAUCAAGUGAGGAUGUCAACAACAACGGCAAUGGCCUCUGGGUCCAAUAUCAGAUAUGAAACCACUCCCCUGAAAUCAAAAAACAACUUUGCUUAUAUCCCACCACAACAUCACCUUGAUGAUGGUGAGGCCCAUAAGUUGGAGAAUGCCGAGUCAUUUUCGCAAGCGUCUUCAACCGCUUCCACUAUCGGCCCCAAAGCGCCAAUCAUCAGCAACUGGAAAAUAUUUUGGGCAAUGUUGAACAAUAUUGUUGGUAAAGAUAAAAUGGCCAAAGUGAGUCAAUAUACAUUGCGAUUACUUGUUUUCCAUGCAACUCAAGCUCAAGAUUACUUAUCUGACGAUAAAGUCAAUAUUGCCGCCAUUAAAUUAAGAUACGACGAUUCAACAAAACAGUUGGAAUUGAUUAAAAAUUUCAUCAAGCAUCCAUCUGAUUUCAUUCGUAUUAUUGCCAUUAUUGUCUGUUCUUUAUUCAAGACUCGAUUUGCUGGCAUGAUUAAUGGGUUAUCAAUGUAUCGGCAAUUUCUUCGAUUUGGUAAAACACCAUUUAAAAUAAGAGAUUUAUUGGUUAAAUUUAAAACCAACAUCAAUUUCAAGAAUAAAAUGGUGCAAAUUAAUGAACAGGAGUUAUUUAAUCGUUCAACAUUGAGUCAAAUUUUUUCAUUAUAUUACGGAAUCAAUGAUGAAUCAAUCUUGCUUUAUAAAUUGAAAUUGUUGACUUCACCCACAUACAAGACAUUUGUCAAUAAACAUGAGUCUUAUGCCUGGUAUGGUGAAUCAUGGAUUGCGUUAUACAACACUUAUGAAACAUUAACCAAUUUGACUCAACAAGAAAUGGAUCUUAAAAUCGCCAUUCAAGUGCGGAAUAAAGCCAAAAUACUAUCAAAACAAUUGCUUGGCGGAGCCGAUAUUUUAAAUUUGACUUCGUCAACUUACAAUUCUUCUUCCAACAGUGAGGAUGAAUUGAAAUUACACGAUAUAAUGUUUAAAAAGACCAAUUGUUGGAUUGAAAUUUAUAAAUUGUUGGCCGAUUUGGGGUUUAAUACUUAUAGUGUUUUCAGUAUUGCGUUGCCAUUCCAAACUUGGCAAAUUUGGAUGGGUAUUGCUGCUUCUGGAUUGAGUACGAUCAAGUUGUACAGAGAGACUAAGGAUAAGAUGAUCAAGGAGCAACAAAAGAGUUGA